AUGCGGAGAUCGAAAGGGAGAGGGCAGAAAAGCUCAGUGCCCACAAAUUGGCCAGUAGUCGGAAUGACGCCAGGGAUUCUUCUCAAUGCUCACCGGCUUCAUGAGUAUAUGACUGAGUUUUUAGAACAAAGUGCAUGCACAUUUGAGUUUAAAGGUGCCUGGUUUACGAAAAUGGACAUGCUGAUCACAAGUGAUCCUUCUAAUGUCCACUAUAUAUUGAGCAAACAUUUCUCAAACUUCCCAAAAGGUCCCGAUUUCAAGAAGAUAUUUGAUGUUUUGGGAGAUGGAAUAUUCAAUGCGGAAUCAGAAUCAUGGGAAACCCAAAGGAAAACCAUCAUGUCACUGCUUAACCACCACACUUUCCCAAAGCUCGUUGCAACAACUACCUUAAACAAGGUGGAAAGAGGGAUGAUCCCAGUUCUUGAACAUUUCUCACAACUAGGAACAGAUGUGGAUUUGCAAGAGCUAUUUGAACGGUUCACCUUCGAUAGUACAUGCUUGAUAGUUUUAGGUCACGAUCCUGCUUCCCUUACCAUAGACUUCCCGCAUGCUCCAUAUGAAAAGGCUUUCAGUGAUAUAGAGGAAGCAAUAUUAUACAGGCACAUAUUACCAGAAAGCUAUUGGAAGCUUCAAAGGUGGCUUCAAAUUGGCAAAGAAAAGAAGCUCAGUAAAGCUCAAGAGACCCUUGAUCACUUCUUAGACCAGUGUAUCUCACUAAAGCGUAGACAAUUCAGAACAAAGGCGCCAUUAAAUUUGGUGGAAGAUUCAACGGAGGGUUCUGACUUAUUAACAGCUUACAUGAAAGCAGGGGAAGAAAACAUUGGUGUAUCAGCUAAUCCUCCAAAUAUUCUGAGAGACAUCUUAUUAAAUUUAUUGGUUGCUGGAAGAGACACAAUAAGUACAGCUCUGACUUGGUUCUUUUGGCUCCUUGCAACAAACCCUUUAGAAGAAAAAAAGAUCCGAGAAGAGAUCAUAACCAGCAUGCAUACGAAAGAAGACAGAAGGUGGAAUUUUUCAAACGUAGGAGAGCUAAAGAAACUGAAAUAUCUUCAUGGAGCUUUGUGUGAAUCUUUAAGGCUAUUCCCACCAGUUGCUUUGCAGCACAAAGCUGCGUUGAAGACAGAUAUCCUUCCAAGCGGCCAUUGUAUCAGUACAAACAAAAAAACGGUUUUGUCUUUCUACUCCAUGGGUAGGACAGAGAAAAUAUGGGGCAAAGAUUGCUUAGUGUUCAAGCCGGGGAGGUGGAUUUCAGACAGAGGAGAAAUCAAACACGAACCAUCUUUCAGGUUCGUGGCAUUCAAUGCAGGACCAAGGAGUUGUAUAGGUAAGGAGAUGUCUUUCAUCCAAAUGAAGAUAGUUGCAGCCACUAUGAUAUACCGAUAUCACAUCCAAUUGGUAGAAGGUCAUCCCAUUUCUCCAAGUGACUCUGUUAUACUUCACAUGAAGCAUGGUUUGAAGGUCAGGGUUACCAAAAGAUGCGACUGA